CGUCACCCUGUGUGACGUCAGAGCGGCGAGCCUGGACGGGAGGUGCGAGUCUCCCUGUUGGUCGUGUAGCUAUCAGGUAUUCUUUCAUCCACAGCGGGCGGAGGGGCGAGGAUUGGUCUAUCUGCAUCCAUCCCGUUUCAGAAGUCGGUGUGAAGGGAUCCCGGAGGGAAUCGCUGCAGCUCAGACCUGACCUGCGCCAGCAUCCGCCAUGGCCCUGAUCAAAGUAACUCGGAGGUUCCUGAAUAGGCUCUCGACAGCCGCCAGUUCCUUUCGGACGCAGGGGACGGCGAAGGCACUAAGAGAGAAAAAUGAAAGAUCUGAAGAGAUGAAAACCUCAAAGUCAGUGGCUGGUGUCCAGUUUGACUGGCGAGAUGCCCUAAAUAUGGAGGGUCAACUCACAGAAGAGGAGAUCCUGAUCAGAGAUUCAUUCCGUGCGUAUUGCCAGACAAAGCUGAUGCCCAGAAUUCUCAUGGCAAACCGAAAUGAAGUGUUUCACCGUGAAAUUCUGCAGGAGAUGGGUGAGCUGGGAGUCUUAGGCUCCACAAUUAAAGGCUAUGGUUGUGCAGGGACCUCCUACGUGUCCUAUGGACUAAUCGCACGGGAAGUCGAACGUGUAGACAGUAGCUACCGCUCUGUGAUGAGUGUCCAGUCCUCCCUUGUCAUGUAUCCAAUUGCUGCCUAUGGCACAGAAGACCAGAAACAACGGUAUCUUCCAAAGCUGGCCAAAGGGGAAUUGUUGGGUUGCUUUGGUCUAACAGAACCAAAUCACGGAAGUGAUCCUUCAGGCAUGGAAACCAGGGCAAGGUUCAACACUAGCAGUAACACCUACACACUAAAUGGAUCAAAGACCUGGAUUACUAACUCGCCCAUGGCUGACAUCUGUGUGGUCUGGGCUAAGUGUGACGAUGGGAAAGUACGUGGCUUCCUGCUGGAGAAAGGAAUGAAGGGGCUGACCAUGCCAAAGAUCGAAGGCAAGUUCUCGUUGCGGGCCUCGUCCACUGGGAUGAUUCUGAUGGAGGACGUUGAGGUUCCUGCUGAAAAUCUGCUUCCCAAUGCAGUGGGACUCAGGGGUCCCUUUGGGUGUUUGAACAAUGCACGGUAUGGAAUUGCCUGGGGUGCCCUGGGAGCUGCUGAGUUCUGUCUGGAAACAGCUCGGCAGUAUGCACUGGAUAGGAUUCAGUUUGGUGUUCCUCUUGCUCGUAACCAGCUUGUCCAGAAGAAACUGGCAGACAUGUUGACUGAGAUCACACUGGGGCUCCAUGCAUGUGUACAGCUGGGGCGUUUAAAGGAUGAAGAUAAAGCCACGCCUGAAAUGAUCUCAAUGUUAAAACGGAAUUCCUGUGGGAAGGCUCUGGAUAUUGCCCGGCAAGCUCGUGAUAUGCUGGGCGGGAAUGGAAUUUCUGACGAGUACCAUGUGAUUCGGCAUGUCAUGAAUCUGGAGGCUGUGAACACAUAUGAAGAUUGGAGAUAGCUGACAAGAGAUCUGAACUCCAUGGGAUACAAGGGAGAAUCGUGCCAGCUACAUACAACAUUAUGCUGUAAAGUGCUGGACUACUGGCAAACAUUCUACUCUUAAUCAAGCAGUGCAUAAGAUAAAUGGAAAAAUACUAACUCUUUGCAGAUAAGUUCUAUUUUAAUUUUCCCAAACUUUUAACGGUUUUACACUAAAUAUUGGUCUGAUUUGUGCUAUAGUUUACAUCUUGAAGAAAUGGGGACAGUAUUAUCAGGCACCAUGCAUGUUUUUAUAAAUAAAGAUUAUAUAUAAUUAUAAAUCAGGUGCAAGUUUUUAGAUAAGCAUGUUUGGAUAAUGGAGUUGUAUUUGCACAGUGAUUAGAAAAUGUUCCUUUAAAUCUGACGGGGUAAAUAGAGUCAGAAAAUAGAGACUUUUUCAGUUUCUUCCCCCAAGCUAUCAGACUCCUCAAUACCCGAAGCCUGGACUGACACCUUGCCCUAUUAUCCUGUUUAUUAUUUAUUGUAAUGCCUGCAUGUUUUUGUGCACUUUAUGCAGUCCUGUGUAGGUCUGUAGUCUAGUGUAGAUUGCUCUGGUUUUUUUUUUUAUGUAGUUCAGUCUAGUUUUUGUACUGUCAUGUAACACCAUGGUCCUGAAAAACGUUGUCUCAUUUUUACUAAGUACUGUACCGGCAGUUAUGGUUGAAAUGACAAUAAAUGUGAUUUGACUUGACUUGAUUGAACCUGCAGGAACAGCCAUUGAUGUGCAUGUGGGCAAUUUGAAUUCAUUAAGGCAAGACCUAGCCAGGAUGAUGCAUCUCUGCAGAAAAUGUUAUGUUACCAAGAUUGGACAUAGUGUUGGAAGAGGUUGUUUGGAGCCCAAUACAGGCAUUAAUCCAUUGGAAGAAUGACCUGUUUCUGGACUGGAAUUUCUUCUUAAUCUGUUUAAAAAUCAGUAUUAAGUACUGUAAUAUCGAACCUUUGCCACUGGAUGAUGCUAGCAGCAGGUUUACUAGUAAAGUCUUUACAAUGUGACAAUACAUCUGUCACAGCCUACAAAUGCCAUCUUGAGGAAAAAUGCACAGCUAAACUUCUAGAUAAUGCCCAGAUACAAACUGAAAUACAGGAAGAAAAGUUUGGUGUACUUUUUGACAAUAUGUUCUUCCAUUUUAGUUGGAAAAAGGAUAUUAUUUUAGAAGUUUUGACUGAUGUUUCUUUUAUCAAAUAUGUCACCUAGAUAGAGACCCAUCAAUGCCUGGUCUAGUCACCACUGGGAUUCUUCAUUUAUAUUACUAAUAGGAGCAAUUUAGAUCGGCUCCCUUGACAGCUAAACCUCAGAACAGCUGAUUGAAACCCACCGAACUCUCAAGUUGGGAAUGUAGGAAAAAUCAGUUAUUUGAUGUCUAAAACCAGAGUACAUGCAUUAAAGGUGAAAGGGGUUGGGUUCAAGGGGGAUUUGAGGGGUAAGCUUUUUAUUCAGAGCAGUGGAUGCCUGGUAUGGUGGUAGAGGCAAAUGCAUUAGAGGCUUUUAAGAGACAUUUGGAUAGGCAGAUGCAUGUAAGGAAGAUGAAGGGAUUAGUGUCUGGAUGUUUUUGAUUUGCCUUUUAUCUGGUUCAGUGCAACAUUGUGUGCCAAAUGGCCUGUUCCUAUGUUCUGUUAUUUAGAAUAUCCAUGUUCCUUUCUCUUCAGUGAUCCAAGUUAGAGUCUUCAUUACAGAUUCGGAGCAAGAAGGCUGCGAGUGAACGACUGAUUUCAAGAGCAAAGGCAGUUUUUACUACACGGGGUAAAAGAGAGGCAAGACUGCGCAGGCGCGUGACGUCAGCCAGUACAGCGUGAAAGGUUUAAAAAGAAGACUGCCAUAGACAGCAGGCAGCGGAGUGAAAGGCUGCAGAAUGAUAGGGCUUUGGCUCAACGGGCUUAGGCGGUAACAGGACGAAGUGAGGUAGAUUUACCUGUAUUAACUGCGGAAAGGAGGAAGUUUGUGUGUGAGGCUAGUUUUCUGUGCUCAGUGUCAGAUGUGGUAGGUUCUGGAGUCUCCCAGCCUCCCGGACGGCCAUAUCUGCACCCGGUGUGUCGAGCGAAGGGGACGAGUUAGGGAACUGGAGAUGCAGCUCAAUGACCUUCGCCUGGUCAGGGAGAGCGAAGAGGUGAUAGGAGUUAUAGACAGGUGUGUCACCUGUCAGCCACGGGAGACAGACAAGUGGGUCACAGUCAGAAAAGGGAAGGGCAAGAGUCAGGUACUGCAAAGUACCCCUUGACAAUAAGUACUCCUGUUUGAGUACUGUUGGGGAGGACAGCCUACCUGGGGAAGCAAAAGUGGCCGUGCCUCUGGCACAGAGUCCGGCCCUUCGGCUCAGAAGGGUAGGGAAAGGUAGAGGAAGGCAGUAGUGAUAGGGGACUCUAUCGUUAGGGGGUCAGACAGGCGAUUCUGUGGUCGCAGGAAAGAAACUCGAAUGGUAGUUUGCCUUCCAGGUGCCAGGGUCCAGGAUAUUUCUGAUCACAUCUGAGACAUCCUACAGUGGGAGGGAAAACAGCCAGAGGUUGUGGUACAUAUUGGUACCAAUGGCAUAGGUAGGAAAAGGUAAGAGGUCCUGGAAAAAGACUACAGGGAAUUAGGAAGGAAGUUGAUAUGCAGGACCGCAAAGGUAGUAAUCUCAGGAUUACUGCCUGUGCCAUAUGACAGUGAGAAUAGGAAUAGAAUGAGGUGGAGGUUAAAUGUGUGGCUGAAGGAUUGGAGCAGGGGACAGGGAUUCAGUUUUCUGGAUAAUUGGGACCUCUUUUGGGGCAGGUGUGACUUGUACAAAAAGGACGGGUUGCACUUGAAUCCCAGGGGGACCAAUAUCAUGGUGGGGAGGUUUGCUAAGGCUAUUGGGGAGAGUUUAAACUAGAAAAUUUUGGGUGGGAACCAAACUGAAGAGACUGGGGAAGAGGUGGCUGGCUCACAAAGAGAGAAAGCUAGGAGAUAGUGUGUGAGAGAGGAUAGGCAGGUGAUUAGAGAAGGGAUAUGCUCAGACCGAGGGUUUGAGAUGAGUAUUUUAAUGCAAGGAGUGUUGUGAACAAAGAGGAUGAGCUUAGAGCGUGGAUCAGUACUUGGACAUACAAUGUGGUGGCCAUUGUGACUUGGAUGGCUCAGGGACAGGAAUAGUUACUGAAAGUGCCGCAUUUGAGAUCUUUCAGAAAGGACAGGGAGGGAGGCAAAAGAGGUGGGAGCGUGGCACUGUUGAUCAGAAAUAGUGUCACGGCUGUAGAAAGGGUGGAUGCCAUGGAGAGAUUGUCUAAGGAUUAGGAACAGGAAGGGGUCAAUAACUUGGUGUUUUUUAUAGGCUGCCCAAUAGUAACAGGGAUAUCAAGGGACAGACAGACAGACACACUUUAUUAAUCCAGAGGGGAAAUUGGGUUUCAUGACAGCGGCACCAACCAAGGAUAGUGAAGAAAUACAGCAAUAUAAAACCAUAAAUAAUUAAAUAAUAAUAAGUUAAUCAUGCCAAGUGGAAAUAAGUCCAGGACCAGCCUAUUUGCUCAGGGUGUCUGACACUCCGAGGGAGGAGUUGUAAAGUUUGAUGGCCACAGGUAGGAAUGACUUCCUAUGACGCUCCGUGUUACAGCUCAGUGAAAUGAGUCUCUGGCUGAAUGUACUCCUGUGCCUAACCAGUACAUUAUGGAGUGGAUGGGAGUCAUUGUCCAAGCUGACAAACAGAUCCUGGAAAGGUUUAAUAAUAACAGAGUUGUUGUGAUGGGAGAUUUUAAUUUCCUAAAUAUCGAUUGGCAUCUCCCUAGAUGGGGUGGAGUUUGUUAGGUGUGUUCAGGAAGAUUUCUUGACACAAUGUGUAGAUAAGCCUACAAGAGGAGAGGCUGUACUUGAUCUGGUAUUGGGAAAUGAACCUGAUCAGGUGUCUGAUCUCUCAGUGGAAGAGCAUUUUGGGGACCGUGAUCACAAUUCUGUCUCCUUUACAGUAGCAUUAGAGAGAGAUAGGAACAGACAAGUUAGAAAAGUGUUUAAUUGGAGUAAGGGGAAUUACGAGGCUAUCAAGCAGGAAAUUGGAAACAGCUGUUCUCAGGGAAGAAUACAGAAGAAAUGUGGCAAACAUUCAGGGAAUAUUUGUGAGGAGUUCUGCAUAGGUAUGUUCCAAUGAGACAGGGAAGUAAUGGUAGGGUACAGGAACCAUGGUGUACAAAGAUGUGAAGAGGAGGAUAAGAUGUGUAAGAAUAGGACCUAUCAAGUGUGACAGUGGGAAAGUGAGUAUGGAACCAGAGGAAAUAGCAGAGGUACUUAAUGAAUACUUUGCUUCAGUAUUCACUAUGGAAAAGGAUCUUGGUGAUUGUAGUGAUGACUUGCAGCGGACUGAUAAGCUUGAGCAUGUAGAUAUUAAGAAAGAAGAUGUGCUGGAGCUUUUGGAAAGCAUCAAGUUGGAUAAGAUGGGAUGUACCCCAGGCUACUGUGGGAGGUGAGGGAGGAGAUUGCUGACCCUCUGGCGAUGAGCUUUGCAUCAUCAAUGGGGACGGGAGAGGUUCCGGAGGACUGGAGGGUUGUAAAUAUUGUUCCUUUAUUCAAGAAAGGGAGUAAAGAUAUCCCAGGAAGUUAUAGACCAGUGAGUCUUACCUCAUUGUUUAGUAAGUUGAUGGAGAAGAUCCUGAGAGGCAGGAUUUAUGAACAUUUGGAGAGGUAUAAUAUGAUUAGGAAUAGUCAGCAUGGUUUUGUCAAGAGCAGGUUGUGCCUUACGAGCCUGAUUGAAUUUUUUGAAGAUGCGACUAAACACAUUGAUGAAGGAAGAACAGUAGAUGUAGUGUAUAUGGAUUUCAGCAAGGCAUUUGAUAAGGUACCCCAUGCAAGGCUUAUUGAGAAAGUAAGGAGGCAUGGGAUCCACGGGGACAUUGCUUUGUGGAUCCAGAACUGGCUUGCCCACAGAAGACAAAGAGUGGUUGUAGACAGGUCAUAUUCUGCAUGGAGGUUGGUCACCAGUGAAGUGCCUCAGGGAUCUGUUCUUGGACUCUUACUCUUCGUGAUUUUUAUAAAUGACCUGGAUGAGCAAGUGGAGGGAUGGGUUAGUAAGUUUGCUGAUGGCACAGAGGUUGGAGGUGUUGUGGAUAGUGUGGAGCGCUGUCAGAGGUUACAGCGGGACAUUGAUAGGAUGUAAAACUGGGCUGAGAAGUGGCAGAUGGAGUUCAACCCAGAUAAGUGUGAAGUGGUUCAUUUUGGUGAGUCAAAUAUGAUGGCAGAAUACAGUAUUAAUGGUAAGACUCUUGGCACUGUGGAGAAUCAGAGGGAUCUUGGGGUCCGAAUCCAUAGAAUGUUCAAAGCAGCUGCGCAGACUGACUCUGUGGUUGAGAAAGCAAAUGGUGUAUUGGCCUUCAUCAAUCGUGGAAUUGAAUUUAGGAGCUGAGAAGUAGUGUUGCAGCUAUGUAGGACCCUGGUCAGAACCCACUUGGAGUACUGUGCUCAGAUUUGGUUGCCUCGCUACAGGAAGGAAGUGGAAGCCAUAGAAAGGGUGUAGGGGAGAUUUACAAGGAUGUUGCCUGGAUUGGGGAGCAUGCCUUAUGAGAAUAGGUUGAGCGAACUCGGCCUUUUCUCCUUGGAGCGACGGAGGAUGAGAGGUGACCUGAUAGAGGUGUAUAAGAUGAUGAGAGACAUUGAUCAUGUGGAUAGUCAGAGGCUUUUUUCCAGGGCUUAAAUGGUUGCCAGAAGAGGACACAGAUUUAAGGUGCUGGGGAGUAGGUACAGAGAAGAUGACGGGUAGGUUUUUUUACUCAGAGUGCGUGGAAUGGGCUACCACCAACAGUGGUGGAGGCAGAUACAAUAGGGUCUUUUAAAAGACUUGGAUAGGUACAUGGAGCUUAGAAAAAUAGAGGGCUAUGUAUGGGUAAGCCUAGUAAUUUCUAAGGUAGGGACAUGUUCAGCACAACUUUGUGGGCCAAAGAGCCUGUUUUGUGCUGUAGGUUUUCUGUUUCUGUGUUUCUAAUUCUCUUUAUCUCUCAGAAUAAAGGCCAUGUCAGAGGUUAACUGAGUGUAAAUGUCCACUCAUUUGCCCUUUGCAGUAUUAAAUCAUUAAUGCAUAGUCCAUAUACAGGGGCAGAAUUAGGCCAUUCAACCCAUUGGGUCUCCUCCUACAUUUAAUCAUGACUGAUCAUAUCUCUCUCAAACCCUCUCCUGCCUUCUUCCCAUAAUCUUUCGACACCCUUAUUAAUCUAGAACCUAUCAGCCUCUUCUUAGAAUGUACUCAACGACUUGGCCUCCAAACCCAUCUGUGACAUUGAAUUACACAGAUUCACCACCCUCUGGCUAAAGCGAUUCCUUACUCAUCUAAUCAUGACUGAUCAUAUCUCUCUCAAACCCUCUCCUGCCUUCUUCCCAUAAUCUUUCGACACCCUUAUUAAUCUAGAACCUAUCAGCCUCUUCUUAGAA